AUGCCCUCCAGUGUCUGGCUCGAUGGUAGGGAUCAUUCCCAGGAAGCUCACAUUUACACUGGCACCCUCUGGUUCAAGGAGAGAAAGAUUUGGGAAAACUCUUGCCACGACAACACGAUCCAACUAGGCGACGCCCUCCACAAGCUUGAUCCUCAGUUUAGCAUGACUUUUGCGAGUAAGGAAAAGACACUUGAAGGACACACAAAAAGCAUUAGCGUUAGGGUUGGAGACAAUGUUAUUCUGGACAAACUCAGUACUCAUGACAAUAUGCACGAGUUGGUUGUCUCUGUUACCGCUAUCCUGGCCGCAAUUGCCUAG